AUGUCCGCAGAUCUCUUUGCUGCCUUCGAGGACGCCUCGGAGGCUCCCUCCAAAGGGCAUCAGCCGAAGACCUCCGUUCAGGCUUCCUCAUUUGCAUCGGAUCCUUUUUCCUUCGGGGUCGGCAGUGUAACGAGUACUACCAAUAGUACGAGACAGCAUAUAAGCUCCGCAUCUCAGCCAUGGAACAACGGAUCAGCCCGGUGGAGUAGCCAGCUGCAGAAUACUCAACAGCCCUUAGGUAUAAAUACAUGGGUAGACACCCCAUUACAACCUAGUCAGUCAAACCUCAAAGAACAAGACGAUGAUGACGAUGGCUGGGGUGAGUUUGAGGUCGCAGAAAGUGCGAAUCAGCCACCUAUCCCCCCAGCGGCAUCGACUUCUCUGUCGAUUCCAACAACUAAGGAGCCGCGGAAUCCGACAUCACAACGGACAAGAGUUGUACGGGCAUCGACGAUAGAUCUUAUGACGAAUAAUCUACUCGACCUUAAUAAUUUAGCUAUAUCAAAGGGUAAAACAGGCGGAUCAUCACCAGCGCAAACUGCAUCUAAGCAAGUUAAGACAAUAUCCAAUACGACGGCUUCUUCGGGAACUUCAAAGAAAGCCUCCAAUUCAAAUUCAAGUGUCUUAUUCGAUGCCGAUGACUUCGGUGGAGAGCAGAACGAAGGGGGAGACGACGAGGAUUUCGGAGAAUUCGAAACUGUUGUCUCUCCUGUGCAAGCAGCGCCGGACCUCUUAUCAAUUGAUUCAUAUUCGCCUCCAAAGACUACCAAGCCACAUGCCGCUCAAAUGCUUUCACCUUUGAAUUUGACCGGGUCCGUUUCUUAUCCACAAGCGCCACGAUCCCCGUCAUUCCAAGAGAGAAAUCCCUUUCCCGGGCUUGCUGUUGCUACGCCGAUAGUAGAAAAGUCACACACGAAUGAUCCGAAAACGUCGCCAGCGACUGCAUGGCCGACCCUUGACGCCCAGAAAUCUGCGGGGAGCGAUGGGCUAGGCGAUGAUUGGGGCGCAUUUGAGGACUUUCCUGAUGAGCAAACAAAGUCCAACACUAAGACCAAUUCAGAUUGGGAUUGGAACUCAAUAGAGCCGGCUCAGCUUAAACCAACCACUACUCGGGUACCACCGAUAGUGUCCAAGCCCCAGAGCUCGUCUUGGGAUUGGAACCCCGUCGAUACCAAUGUUGACAAGCAGACUACUGAGCCGAGCGAAGACUUACCGCCAACUAAUGUGCCUCCUCCAUCAGUAUUAUUGUCAGUAUUCCCGGAAUUAUUCACUCAAGCAAACACGUUACUGUAUAAACCUGUUAGCGGACAACCUUUUUCUGUAAAAAAUCGCAUUCUAUCAGAUCCAAAGACGGUCGAAUUUCUCAAGGGCUAUCUAGCUCUAGCGACGGUUCUGGCGCGUAUUAUCGCCGGUCGCAAGCUAAGGUGGCAUAGAGACAAGUUUCUCGCGCAGAGGAUGUCCAUAUCAGCCGCGGGAAGCAAAGGAAUGAAGCUCGCUGGCGUAGAUAAGGCACAAGCGGCACGUGAAGACCGCGAAGUAGCUGACGUCGUAACUAAUUGGAAGGAACAAAUAGGCCGUCUUCGGUCUGCAGUUGCUGCUGCUAAUUCGUCAAUCAAGAACAAGACAGAGCAACUGAAGAUUCCGGAAAUCUCGGAAUCAAUGCAGGUUCAUACAGAGAAGAUGGUACCAACUGCCCCUAAAUCGUGCAUUAUCUGUGGCCUGAAACGCAAUGAAAGAGUACCAAAAGUCGAUUACGAGGUCGAAGAUAGCUUCGGUGAAUGGUGGGUUGACCAUUGGGGGCACCUAGCAUGCAAGAGAUUCUGGUUACAACAUGAGAAUGCCCUACGACAAAGAUGA